AUGACACUUGAUCACUACUCUCCUAUUUUAUCAUCCAAUUUGUUCCUACAGACUCCCGUUAUGGAGCAAAAUGGAGAAACAGAGACUCACCCCAAUCCUUAUGAAAAAAUAUCAGAAAACUUGGAGAAGAUACUCACAACAGAUUCAAUCAAUUCUAAAGAUCUUUAUACAACAUACAUGGAGAUAGCAAAUACUGCUAGAGAUUUGAUAAUAGAGUUUGAUAAAAUAAGAGAUGAUGAAGACCUUUAUACGGUGUUUCAAUUGUGGAAUAUGAGACUGACAACACUAUUGUGUGCAAAUGAACUGACUGUUGCUCAAAAAGAAGCUAAAAGGUUAAGUGCUGCUUUAGAAAAUGUUACAAAGAGCCAGAUUGCUUCUACCAAUUCACCUGAUCAAACGCCUCCAAAAAUGCUGGAUCUUUUUCCUAACGAAGUUCCAUUGAGUUUGAAAUUGCUGAUUAUACGUUUGAGAACUCAAGGUCCAAAUACAACAUUGAAUAGUGAAUAUUUCAAAAUAUUGACAGAUGUCAGGAUGCAGUAUACAAUUCAUGAGAAUGAGAAAUCUAAAGGAUCAGAUACACCAAAGGAAAAUCUUUACCCAGUCAAAGAAACUUUCAAAUUAGGUGAAGUUUUAGCAUAUGCUGUUUCUGGUAAUUUGAUAGCAAAAAGAGAAUACAAGACAUUAUUAACACAUGCAGAGUCAAUAUUGGCUCCAUUAAACAAGCACAAAUCAGAACUUAAUGAGUCAGAGGUUUUAUUCAAGGAUCAACUAUCAUUUGUCUCAAUGCUUGUUGCUUUUAUAACUGGUGACUUAACUUUAGGUAUGAAAUAUAUUGAAGAUGUUCAAAACUUGAAAGAUCUUCUAGAGACUUUGAGGUAUAUACUGAAUAACGUUGAUCCAGUAUUAGAUUACAAGAAACUGAAUACUGGAGAAAAGAAAGAGGAUGUGGUGCAAGAACUGGAGAUACUUGAUCAAGUAACGGAAUUAGUUGAAGAGCAGGCUAUAACUGGACGAAUCUUGUGCUCUUUGUGUGCGUUGUUUGAAUUGAGAUCAAGAGAUGAUCAAGAGGAAAAAUGCGAUGCUUUUGAGAAAUCAGCUAAGUACAAAUACCCAAACAUGUCUUAUCAGCUGUUUAAACUUUGGUUCCGCAACACAAAUAAGCUAUACGGAUUUGAAUAG